AUGUUCCCGUUACUUUAUUAUUGUCCUUUCCACAGUUUGCAGUUGCAGGAGACGCCGAGGCAGAAACGGAGUUCUUCAUGGCUCGACGCUGUCUCAGCCCUCUUUCUUUCUCUGCUAACCAGUGGUUUUUUUUAAAACUUUUUUUCGCCCAUGUUACGUCAGAAUUUCACAGUGAACGCUGAGUUCAUCAAAAAAUUUCUAUCAAAAUUAGGAAAUCUAACUAUAUCUUUUUUUAAAGGUCCUUUGUUUUAGUCUCUCAAAAAAACUGAAUUGUUUUCAACUUUAAAUUCGUGUUUAUGAUUUAAAAAUAUCAAUCAAUCAAAAUAAAAGCAUAAACAAUUGUAACUCGAUGUCGAGCUCAUAUUUCUUCGUCAAAAAUCGUUUUAACUGUGCGCAAUCAUCAAUAAAAAGCUUGACAUGCAAAAAAAAAAGAUUUUUUGCGAGUUUGGAGGAAGGAGGCGUGACUUUGAGGACUUGAAUUUUUGCUACCAUCCCAUAGAAAGAGGAAAAAACUUUUCUAACUCAAAUAUUUUUCAUAGAUUCUCAUAAGUCACUGUUCUGAUGUACUACUUUUUUUAAUUAAAAAAUACUCGUACUUUUCACAAUGUCUACAAAGAAUGCUUUCAUACUUAGAAAGCAUCACUCAAUCACACAAAGCUCACAUUUAAACCACCUAAAAACUGCAAAGAAAUUAGAACCUAGGAGCCUCAUUUUACAUGUCCAUAAAAUUUAUAAAUUCUAUCUAAUGCAAUCAAAAAAUCAUUCACGUAUCUCCUCAGAAAGUCCAUUUCUACAGAUGAACACGUUUUACAUCAUUUACAACCUGCUGCUCUCCGUCGUUGGCUAUCAUCUGUGGCUUCUUUUUCCACGUCUCAAAACCAAUGAGAGGACAGGUGAAACUUCAAAACUUAUUCCAAGAACUUAUUUUGAAGAAGCUCACUUGUAGAAGUUCUCCUAUAUAACUCCAUGAAUAAAUAAAUAAAAUUCGUGGUCAAUACUUCAACAACCUUUCAACGGCUUAGAAACCCGUACGGCGGAAGCAGCAGACUCUGA